UGUACACACGGGGGUGUGCUGCUAAUUGCGAUUUCAUUGGCUGAGUUGUGUCGGACAUGUUUACAAUAAUAUCUGCAGACAACUGACAAUCGGUGAUAGCCUACACUAGAGAGACGAAAACAAAUCAAAACGCACAUUGUCCGAGCUAGAAGGAGACUGUAUUUGAGACCUAAAACCUUGAGCAAAGAAAAAAAGAGAGACCAAAGAACUAACAGAAGGCAAUUUCCAUCCAAGGUAUUAUCCUUGACCUUUCAAGGAUGUGGAGGAAAACAACACAGCAGGUUUGUUCCCGGGUCCUCUCUCCACACCAUGAGGUGGCCCAGCGUUUCUUGUCUGAUGGGCCCAAGGUCAUGGCCAUUCGACGGGAGACUAUCAACGUUUGGGAGAGGAGGGCGCCCCUGAAUCCUCGACACGUCCGGAAGCUGGUUAAGAGUGGGGUCAAGGUCAUUGUCCAGCCGUCCAAUAGAAGAGCCUAUAACAUGCAGGAGUAUUCAGCUGUGGGGGCGGUCAUCGAGGAAGACCUGAGUGAGGCCGAGCUGAUUAUCGGGGUUAAGUCUGUGCCCAUUGAUCUACUUCUGCCCGACAAGACUUAUGCCUUCUUUUCUCACACCAUCAAGGCACAGAAGGACAAUAUGCCUCUGUUGGACGCCAUUAUAGAAAAGAAUAUCCGGCUGAUUGACUACGAGCGAAUGGUGGAUGAAAGCGGGCAGCGUACAGUGGCGUUUGGUAAAUACGCGGGGGUGGCGGGGAUGAUAAACAUCCUCCACGGCCUGGGACUGAGACUGCUGGCCCUGGGACACCACACACCCUUCAUGCACAUAGGGCCGAGUCACAAUUACCGUAACACGGAGCAGGCCAGACAGGCGGUGAGAGACGCGGGUUAUGAGAUCGCACUUGACCGGCUCCCAAAGUCCAUCGGUCCGCUUGUCUUUGUCUUCACAGGAUCCGGAAAUGUGUCACAAGGUGCUCAGGAAGUAUUCCAGGAGUUUCCCCAUGAAUACAUCGAACCAGAGAGCCUGCCCAAAGUAGCCAAACAAGGGGCGACCAACAAGCUGUACGUGUGUGUGGCCCGGAGAGACGAUCAUUAUGUCAGGAAGGAGGGUGGUAAAUUUGAUGCGGAGGAGUUCGAGAUGCACCCUUACAGAUACGCUUCUACAUUCAGUCAGAAGAUAGCACCCUAUGCCUCGGUCAUCAUUAACGGUAUCUACUGGGCCCCAAACGCCCCCCGUCUCAUCACCAUUCCCGACGCCAAGAUCCUACUGAGGCCCAUCCAGGCCCCCUGGCUUCCCUCGAGCCCGGGCUGUCCCCUCCUACCCCACCGCCUGCUGGCGAUCUGUGACAUCUCGGCGGACCCAGGCGGCUCCAUUGAAUUUGUGAAGGAGUGCACCACCAUCGAUAAACCAUUCUGUCUGUACGAUGCAGAACAGAACAUGGAAACAGAAAGUUUUCAGGGCAGUGGAGCUCUCAUAUGCUCCAUCGAUAACAUGCCGGCACAGAUUCCUAAGGAGGCCACAGAUUUCUUUGGCAACCUCCUGCUUCCAUACAUUCCAGACAUGCUCAAGUUCCCUGCUAAAUUGCCUUGGGAGGACUAUGAUGUUCCAUUAGUGGUCAAAAAUGCAGUGAUUGCAUCCAACAGGCAACUGACUCCAAGUCAUGAAUACAUUGCUGAACUCAGAAGGAAGAAUAUCAGCUCUUCUCAGAAGGCCCAGCGACACCCCGAGAAUAGGAGCGUUCUGAUCCUUGGGGCAGGAUACGUGUCCCUCCCUGUGGUUGAGUACCUCGCAAAGAGCAAAAACACAGAGGUCACUGUGGCGUCACAGCUCCAGUCUGAGUUGGACAGUCUAGGGAAAUUAAAUGUCAACACAACGCUGAUAGACGUCCAGAGGAAUUACGAUGAACUUGAGAAACUUAUUCCUCAACAUGACAUCGUUGUCAGCCUCCUGCCCUAUGUCUUUCACCCUGACGUGGCCAAGCUCUGUAUCAAGUUCAAGAAGAACAUGGUCACCGCGAGCUACAUCUCACCGGCUAUGCGGGAGCUGGACGCCGCAGCCAAAGAGGCCGGAGUCACCAUCGUGAACGAGGUGGGUGUCGACCCAGGAAUUGACCACAUGCUGGCCAUGGAGUGCUUCGAUGAGGUCAAGCAUGCAGGUGGGAAGAUCUCAUCCUUUGUGUCUUGGUGUGGUGGAUUACCUGCCCCUGAACAUUCCAACUCACCAAUCAGAUACAAAUUCAGCUGGUCCCCAAGAGGAGUUCUGCUGAAUUGUUUGAGUGGUGCUAAAUACCUUCAAGACAACUGUGUGUUGGAGAUUCCCGGUAAUGGCGGACUGUUAGACGCUGUGCAGGACCUGGACUUCAUGCCCGGGUUUAACUUUGAGGGCUUCCCCAACCGCGACUCAACUAUGUACAUCGAUGAGUACAGCAUCCAGUCAGCUAAAACCGUCCUCAGAGGAACAAUUCGCUACAAGGGGUUCUCACACAUCAUGAAGGGUAUCAUGCAGCUUGGGUUACUGAACCCAGAGCAAGUGGCAAGCCUGCAUCCCAACGGCCCAUUGACCACCUGGAAAGGAUACAUGUGUGAACUAUUCGACAAAAGUCCUGACUUGUUUGAGGACAGCCUGAAGGAUCUAGUGUUUGAGAAAGUAGGACGCUCAGAGAGGAGGCUGAAGGCCAUCGAAGAUUUAGGGUUGUUGGAGGAAGUGCCAAUGGACAAGAAGGGAAGCGCGCUAGACACAUUGUCUAACUACCUAUCCAAGAAACUUGCUUUUGCUCCGGGGGAGAAGGACAUGAUAGUGAUGCACCACAAUGUCGGGGUCACAUGGCCAGAUAAAUCCCAGGAGAAACGGGUCAUCAACUUUGUUUGCUACGGGGAGGAAAAUGGCUACUCCGCCAUGGCCAAGACUGUCGGACUUCCUACUGCCAUAGCAACCAAGAUGGUGCUGGAUGGUGAGAUCCAGAGAAGAGGGGUGCUAGCUCCUUUGACCAUGGACAUCUAUCAGCCCAUCCUGUCCCGUCUUCGCAGCGAGGGAUUACACGCUGUGGACGAGAUCAAGGCCUCGUAAAAACCCAAGGCGUGGAUCGCAGGGGAGUGUGCCUUAUCAUAGUGGUGGUUCCAGCAAAGGUGUGUGUGUAUCUCCAUAGAACAAAGGACACCAGCCUUUUGAGUGUUGAGUGAAAAACAGACUGUAAUAAAUUGAUAUCAUUUAGUUGCAAUUAUGGCAACAGUUGGUGUUUUGUAAGAAUAUGGAUAAUGUGUGAAGUUGAAAUUUUAUAAUCAACUUGUAAAAAACUUGUAGAGGAGUUAGUAGUCUCAUGUUUAAGAUUUUUUUUUAUGUUAUAGUUUUGAAUUGUUUGUGGUGUUUUUACUUCAGAAGUAUCGACUAACUACAUGUAAUAUUUGGAUAUAGAUAUGGUACAUUUUUUUACAUUUAGUUCAGUCAUGUGUGGGUGUUUAUACUGAGUGAUAGACACAAUCAAACAGCUUGUCUUUCUUUACAUGGCAAGCUAAUUUUUUUUAGACAAAUCAAAAGAAAAUGCUUCAAUGAUUAAUGAGAUGAUACGAUGAUACAUGUACUAACAUAAUGAUACAAUAAGCCGAUUCCCUCCAUUAACUGUAGUUAACAAAAUACCGGUACCACGACCUCUGUAAAGUAUCAAGGUCAAAGAGAUUGUAGGAAACUAAAGCAAGUCCUUAGGUUCUUGAAAUUCCAAAUUGUAAUCAUUCUUAAAAUACUCAUACCAUUUACUGACAUUUGAAAUGAUUUAUGGUCAACAACAUGUUAGGGAAACAGUAGGUAUUCAAUAAGUGUAUUUUUCAGAAUUAAAGUAACUGUUGGGAAAGACAGUGUAUGAACUUUGACAUGAGAUGAAGUGCUUGAUGAUUCUAAUUUGUAAAGGUUUCUUGACUUGCCAUCAAACUAAAUCAUGCAUUGUAUGAAUGCCACAUACUGAUGUACUCUGACUAUACUAAUGUCAUUUAUCUUACAUAAGUUUGAAAAUUUGAGCACCGGUUAGAACUCAAACUAGUUUUUGCUAUAAUAAAGAAUGGUGUUAUAUAUUGAUAUGUAGCUGUAAAUAAGUAUUAAUUGUUAAAUCUGAUAAGUGCCUAUCAUGUCGCACAAUCUUAUCUAUUGUUGUUGAUAUACCUUACUCAAGAUUUUAGCAUCUGUUGAUCAGAACCCUUUCUCUAUAUUUUUAAGAAAUAUAAUUAUAAGAGGACUAUUUUUGGGACAGUGAAUAAUUCAAUGUUUUAUAGUUUGUUGUUUGUUUUCCCUGUAAAUCUAUAAACGAUCAAAUAUCCAAUUUAAUUCAUAAAUACUCAGAAGUGUCUUACAUCAUCUAUGUAUUAAUUGUUUUGAUAUAUAUACAAGAAAGUUAUUUUUUGAAUCUCAAAGGACAGGAAUGUAUUGGUAUGUAUGGAUUUUCCCAUGCAACAAACACUCCAGGAUGUUAGAGAGUUAAACAAGAUACCUUUCACUACAAUGUACAUACAAUCAACAUGUACCAAGGCCCUAACUUUUAUAGAUCUUGCAACAACUUUUGUUCCUCUAUUGAAAGCCUGCAGUUUUAAUGUUCAGGCAA